AAUAAAAUGCAAUUCCACAUUCAGAACAUAUAUUUAUCAUUCAGGACUGGCGCAUGUGCGAUGAAAGCCUAUUCUUUCUCCAGACUCGUAGCUACGGUCUACUAAAUGUAGAUUUUGCAGCGUUCACCACAAACUACAUUACCCAGGAGUCAUGGUCUGCUCUGUGAUUGGCUGCAGCCAGUUUGGCGGCACCGUGACGUAAUCUGAAGGCGCUGCUGCCGCGAUGGUGUCCGCUUCUCUUUCCUGAACUUGUUUAUCAGCUCUGUCGCCUCGGUCGCUGCUCUUUCACUUCCUCGCUCAAACGAGUCGGUCCCGUCAACAUUCCGCGUUCCUCCGUCCGUCACAGCCGCACGUUAGCGAGCUCGGGAGCCCCGCGAGCGGCAGCCGUGUGACAGGUCGCGGUGCGGCGGCGGCUGCAGCAGCAGCAGGCGACGAUGACGGCGGUGCUGGAGCAUCCGGGAUAUGAGGAGCAGAAGCUGCAGAGAGCCGCCGACCUGCUGCCCUGCAGAGAGGCUCAGGCCGCGAUGCUGCUGGCGCUCAUGGGAGAGCCAAGUCAGUACAGUUACCCAUCAAUAUUCAUCUACGGUCACCGAGCCUCAGGGAAGAGUCACGUGGUCGGUGUUCUAUUGAAGGAGCUGGAGCUGCCCCACGUCACUGUCAGCUGUGUGGAGUGUGUUUCGGUGGCCGUGCUUUUCGAACAAGUGCUGUCGUCCUUCUUCGGCUCCGACACUGCCUCCCUGCUCCCCCGCGCUCCGUCCCUGUCCGACUUUGUGCGCAUCUACCGACAGUCCGCGCACUCCUCUCCUGGGACAAGAUACAUUGUCAUGGAGAAGGCGGAGCUUCUGAGAGACGCUGACGCCAAUCUGCUGCCAGCACUCCUCCGUCUUCAGGAGUUGGUGGAGGACAACGUCACGGUUGUUCUGCUCAGUGAAAUAGUGUGGGACAAGUUCAGACCCACCACCAGCUGCUUCGAGCCACUUGUCCUUCACUUCCCUGACUACAGCAAAGGAGAGCUGCUCCAGAUUCUGUCCCGCGACAGACACCCGUCACACUCGGCUGAGCUCUACUCGUCCUACAUCAACAUCGUGCUGGGAGUCUUUUACUCCGUGUGCCGGGACCUGAGAGAACUGCGACACCUGGCUGCUCUUAAUUUCUCCAAGUUCUGUGAGCCGUUGACUGAAGGGAAAGUGAAAGAGACAGACACACACAAGCUGUGGAGGAACAUUGAGCCGCAUUUGAAGAAAGCCAUGCAGACGGUGUAUCUGCGAGAAGUAUCGAGCCUGCAGUGGGAAGAGAUGCAGCAGGAGGAGACAGAAGCUGGAGCCCUAAAAGGUCUGUCGGCUCACACACACGUGGAACUUCCUUAUUACUCCAAGUUCCUGCUGAUCGCUGCUUACCUGGCAUCCUACAACCCGGCACGCACCGACAAGCGCUUCUUUGUGAAGCAUCAUGGAAAAGUCAGAAAGACCAAGUUCUUGAAGAAAAACGAGAAGACUAGUAACCACCUUCUGGGGCCCAAGCCGUUCCCUCUGGACCGAAUGCUGGCCAUUUUCUACAGUGUGGUGGACAGCAGAGUGGCCCCCACUGCCAGCAUCUUCUCGCAGAUCUCAUCACUGGUGACCCUGCAGCUGCUGGCUCAGGUCGGACACGAUGACCAGCUGGAUGCCCCCAAGUACAAGUGCGCCGUUUCCAUGGAGUUCAUCCGUGCUAUUUCCAGGACGGUGAACUUCGACAUCAUCAAGUAUCUGUACGACUUCUUGUAAAGCGACGUUGUGGUUCUUCAAUAUGCCUCUGUAUGGAAUGUAAAUAAAUGUCAUAUUGGCAAAACACAUAA